CGGGUGGUGAAUUUGAUAGAAGGGGAAAGAGUACUGGGGGAAGUGGAAGUGUAUAGUAUUGAUGAUCAGAACGGUGUCGUGUGGGACAGGGACGAAAUUCGGAUCUCUGAGUAUUCUCAGCCAAGUGAAAGGUGUCCGCCACUGGCGGUGCUGCAUACUGUUACUUCUUCUUCGUCAGACUCAGGCGGGCUUUGCUUCAAACUGGAGUUGAAAGACAAGUCUCAACAGAAUUCGCCGCUUUCCAUUUUGCACGCCACUUGUCUCAGGGAAAAUAAGACUGCAAUAAUGCCACUUGAUGAGGAAGAUGAACUUCAUUUGGUUGCCAUGCAUUCUAGACAGCAUGAAGGACAGUUCCCUUGCUUUUGGGGAUUCAUUGUUGCAUCUCGACUUUACAAUUCUUGCCUUGUCAUGCUGAACCUUAGAUGUCUUGGUAUUGUAUUUGAUCUUGAUGAAACACUCAUUGUGGCCAACACAAUGCGCUCUUUUGAGGAUAGGAUUGAAGCCUUACAGCGGAAGAUAAACUCCGAGGUUGAUCAACAACGUGUUUCUGCUAUGCUGGCAGAAAUAAAGCGUUAUCAGGAUGACAAAAAUAUACUGAAGCAAUAUGCAGAAAAUGACCAGGUUGUUGAUAACGGGAAGGUUGUCAAGUCUCAGCCCGAGGUUGUUCUUGCUUUGUCGGACAAUCACCAGACCAUUGUUCGCCCACUUUUAAGGCUUCAGGAGAAGAACAUUAUCCUUACUCGCAUUAAUCCUCAAAUCCGUGAUACAAGUGUACUUGUAAGAUUGAGGCCUGCAUGGGAAGAUCUCAGAAACUACUUAACCGCAAGAGGUCGAAAGCGUUUUGAAGUGUAUGUUUGCACAAUGGCUGAAAGGGACUAUGCUUUAGAAAUGUGGCGGCUCCUUGAUCCUGAUUCAAACUUGAUUGACCCGAAAGAGCUAUUGGAUCGUAUUGUCUGUGUCAAGUCUGGCUUGAGGAAGUCGUUGUUCAAUGUUUUCCAACAUGGAAACUGUCAUCCUAAGAUGGCAUUGGUGAUUGAUGACCGGUUAAAAGUGUGGGAUGAAAAGGAUCAACCUCGAGUGCAUGUGGUUCCUGCCUUUGCUCCUUAUUAUGCUCCUCAAGCUGAAGCCAACAAUGCAAUUCCAGUUCUCUGUGUUGCAAGGAAUGUAGCGUGCAAUGUCAGAGGUGGUUUCUUCAAAGAAUUUGAUGAGGGUCUCUUGCAACGAAUUUCUGAAGUUGCAUACGAAGAUGAUAUUAAAGAAAUUCCUUCUCCUCCUGAUGUGAGCAACUAUUUAAUCUCAGAGGAUGAUCCUUCCGCUUCAAAUGGAAACAAGGAUUCACUUGGUUUUGAUGGCAUGGCAGAUGUUGAGGUGGAAAGAAGAUUAAAGGAGGCAAUUUCGGCUUCCUCCACUGCUCCUUUGGCAAUUCCAAAUUUGGAUCCAAAAAUUGUUGCCACAGUCCAAUAUGCUGUACCUUCUUCUAUUUCUGUGCUGCAACCAACGAUGUCAGGGCCAGUGGUUCCCUUUCCAUCUCAGCAGUUGUCUCAAGUGACUUCUGUCCUUAAAAAUCCUAUUAAUCAAGCUAUUCUUCCUCCAGAAGCAAGCUUGCAAAGUUCUCCUGCUAGGGAAGAGGGUGAAGUCCCAGAAUCAGAGUUAGAUCCUGAUACAAGGAGGAGACUACUCAUUUUGCAGCAUGGUCAAGACUCAAGGGAGCGCACAUCAAGUGAACCUCAGUUUCCUGUACGCACACCAUUACAAGUCUCUGCACCGAGGGCUCAGGGACGUGGUUGGUUUCCAAUUGAUGAAGAGAUGAGUCCAAGACAACUUAACAGAGUUGUACCACCAAAGGAUUUCCCUCUGCGCUCAGAACCUAUGGAAAUUGAAAAACACCGUUCCAGUCACUCUCCUUUUCUCCACAAAGCAGAGAGUGCUGUCCCACCUGAUAGAGCUUUUCUUGAAAACCAGAGGAUGCUGAAGGAGACACUUCCUAGAGAGGAUAAUUUGAGAUUAAACCAGCCAGUUGCCAGUUUCCCAUCAUUUUCUGGUGAAGAAGCUUCCAUGGUUCGAUCAUCUUCAGCGAAUAGAGAUCUUGACCUUGAAUCUGGACAAAUUGAUCCGCAGGCUGAAACACCUAUUGGAGCUUUGCAUGAUAUUGCAUUCAAAUGCGGAACAAAGGUGGAGUUCAAGCAAGCAUUGGUUUCAAGCUCGGAGUUGCAAUUCUGUGCAGAGGUCUGGUUUGCGGGAGAGAAAAUUGGUGAAGGGCUAGGUAGGACCAGAAGGGAAGCACAGCGUCAUGCUGCUGACAGUUCACUUAUGAAUUUGGCUGAUAAGUAUAUAUCAUCUCUCAAACCUGAUUCCAGCUCUGUUCCUGGGGAAUGGCGUAGAUUCCCAAAUACAUCCAACAAUGGUUUUGCCAACGAUUUUAGUUCUUGGGGGUAUCAACAAUUGCCUAAGGAGGAGCCCGGGUCAUUUUCUACUGCAUCCAUGCCUCCUAGGGUGCUGGAUUCGAGAUUGGAGGCGUCCAAGAGACCUGUGGGUCCAAUUGCUGCCCUUAAAGAGCUGUGUUCAAUGGAGGGCCUUGGCUUAGCUUUCCAAACUCAGCCUCAGCUUUCAGCUAAUCCUGGCCAAAAAAAUGAAGUGUAUGCACAGGUUGAAAUAGAUGGACAGGUGUUAGGAAAGGGAAUUGGGAUAAACUGGGAUGAAGCAAAAUCACAGGCUGCUGAAAAGGCCCUUGGAACCUUGAAAUCAAUGCUUGGUUCAUAUGGUCACAAGCGUCAGGGCUCUCCCAGACCAUGGCAGGGGAUGUCAAGCAAAAGAUUGAAACCGGAGUUUUCCAGGGUUCUGCAGCGGAUGCCAUCUUCUGCAAGAUAUCCAAAGAAUGCUUCUCCCGUACCGUAAUUCUUCAUGUCCUAAUUGCACCUUGGCAGUAUAGCAUCUGCAGAGAGACUUGUAGCUUAUGCGGUGACACCAGAGAAUUUGGAGCAAUGAUUA